GGAGCAGCGAGAGAGGGAUUUGUUUGAGGAGAUGGAUACAGUGGACAUCAUCGACAUCUCCCUGAGAACACUUUCCACCGAAGCACGGAAGAGCAAGAAGCAUGGUCGAGUCAAGGAGGCUGCCGAGAGGGGCAUUCUCCAGCUGCGCUCACUCUCCGACUCGGACAGGUACCUUGCCGACAAGGUCCAUGAGGUCAUCCGAUCGGAAGAAGUGCUGCGCCCGUAUCUGGUAGCGGCUACCACGUCGUCGGCCAAGCUGGUGACAGAGGCCAUAUCCGGUCUGCAGGUUUUGGCCUCGCAUGACGCCAUUGUGGCCUCGGGGCUUGGUGCGGUGGUGUCGACGCUGGCAAAGCUGGCGCUUGGAUCGGCCGCGUCGGACGAGGCGCUGCAGGUCAAGGUUGUGCAGGCGCUCAACUCGCUCAUCACGUCGUGCUCGUUUCUGCAGGGCAACGCGUUGGCGCAGACGCUUGACCUCGGGAUCCGCAUGUCGUCGGCCAAGUCGUCGCUGGUCCGCGGGCUUGCGGUCGCCACGCUCCGGCAGAUGAUGCGCCGAGUGUUUGAAAAGGUGGCCGCCGAGGACGGGGCUGACGAGGCAAAUGACAUCGAACUGUCGGCAAGCUCCGAGGCCAACGCCGCGCUCGUGGGCGCGUCGUCGAUGCGCCCAUGCGCACGCGACGCGCUGCAGGUCUUCCACGCCCUUGUCUCGCUCACCAACGGCGAGAACGCCACAUGGCUUGCGUCGGCCUCCGGCGGGUCGAGCACCGCGCCCGCCGUCCUCGCCCGCGACCUCGGCCUCGAGCUCCUCGAGGUCAUCCUCCUCACCAUCCGCAUCGAUUCAAUGUACCUUGCGCACCCAGAGCUGACCCAGAUGCUCCAAGAGGCCGUCUGCCCGCUCCUCAUCCGCAACUUUUCGCAGCUCACCGAGUUCUCGCUCGGCAUACGCCUCUUCCGGGUCGUCCGCAUCCUCGUGGCUUCUUUUGGCCAAGUCCUCGUCAUGGAGGUGGAAAUCUUGGUCAACAUGCUCUUCAAGCUCUUUGACGCGCCCAAGCCGCAGCUCGCGCUUCUCAUUGGUGCUAUGGAGGUACUUCACUCGUGGAUGGCCGAUCCACAGCUCGCCGCCCGGCUUGCCUCGUUCUACGACUGCCAAGAGACGUCGACCAACGUGUUCACCGACUCGGUCGCUGUCGUCUCACAGACCGUCACCGCUAUGUGCGAGUCCAAGGCGGCUCGGUCGGGCAAGGUACCGCACGACAAGGUCGUCGCCAGCGACCAGAUGCCGUUCCUUGACCUCCUCUCCGAGUCGGCGCCUCCGCGCAAGAUCUCCAACUACGCCCUACUCAUCGGUUGCCGCAUGCUGGCAUCGGCGGCGCAGGCGACCGCCCACGCCGCAGCAACCGACCCGACCCUCGGCACGCUCAUGCUUGCCGUCAGCUGGCGCCCGAUCCGCGACGGCCUUCUCGCCACCCUUGCGCUCAGCGACGACGCCGACGUCCUCGCCCUCCUCGUCCCCGCCCUCACCACCGUCGUCCACACAGCCGGCGUCCUGGGCGAGAGCGACGUCGUCGCCGCGGUCCUUGCCGAGCUUGCCUUUCGCGCGCUCCCGCGUCGCCUUCCACCGCGUGCUCGCCUCCCGGGUCUCUUCCCACCUCCAGGCGUCGAGGGCCCAUCCGCUGCCGCCGCCGCCGUCCUCGGCGUUCCGCAGCCGCUUGCCUCGGCCGCCGACGCCGAGCUGCGGCUCACCCACGUCGUUGUCCUCCACGCCCUCCUCGAGCUUGCUACUCGCUCGCCGAACGUACUGGGCGCCGGCUGGCGCAUGAUUAUGGCGCUUCUGCACGCACUCGACAUCGUCCUCGAUGCCGAGGCCCUCGCGGAGCAGUCGGCGUCGUCCGGCACGCUCUCGCCUAGCGCCAGCGCGUCGAUCACCGAUCUCGACGCCCGGGCUGGCGAUGCCGACAGUGGCGCCGGGUCGCCGUCAGCCUCGGCGCCGCCCGAGUCGGGCCGCUCGGUCCUCCGUUCGCGACUGCGGCGGAUGCGACUCCCGCUCUUUGCUGCAUUCGGGAGCUCGUCGGCAGGCAGCGAUGCACUCGCGGCGUCAUCGGUCGGCCACGGUUCCGGCGCAGCGCCGAGCAUUGUGGCUCCGCUUCGCUCCGGCGUCGACAGCCUCCUCGCAUCGUCAGCACAGUUUGAGCCGGCGACCCUUGUCGCCAUGUUUGAGGCGACUGCAGCAGUUGGCGCCGUGGCUAUGGAGCAGGCGCUGGGCGCGUCGCCGGCACGGCUUACCACGCUCGACAGCGUCAAGGGCAAGAGCCACAAGUCGUCGGGCUCGUUGCCGUCGUCGCCCUCGGCGGGCGUCUCUGGCGCAUCGCACUCGCCGCUCUCGGCCGCACUCGCGCCGCCAGCCGUGGCCGAGUACCUCUUCAGCGCAGCACGGUGCAACAUGUCGCGGCUGGAACUCAUCUGGGAGCCGCUCUCUAGCUUUGCCAUCGGGCUCACGACUCAUGAGGCUGCCGCAGUCAGGAUGUACGCCGUCCGGGCGUUCACCUCGUUCCUCACCGAGGCGUUGCAGGACGCCGAGCCGGCGCUGCACCCGCAAGUUCUCGGCGCGUUCCGAAGGCUGGCAUCGUCCAAGUUUGAGGACACCCACCUCAACGCACUCUCGGCGCUGCUUGAGGCGCUGCAGGGCGUGGGCGAGACGUUUGACGCCUCGCACGCCGGCUGGCCGGUUGUGCUUGACAUUCUCGGCGACGGGGUGUACCACGCACAACACGCAGCCUCGCCCACGUUUGGCGCCUCGGUCCUCGCGCUUUCGUUCCGAUGCGUCCAGUUUGUGCUCGCCGACUUUCUCGAGUUUGUCCCGGCCGACUCGCUCGACGAGCUUGUCGCGGUCGUCGGUGCGUACGCGGCACAGAGCGUCGAGGUCAACAUCUCACUCACCGCUGUCGGCGCGCUUUGGCGCAUUGCGGACUACCUCAAGUCGCCAGCGGCACCGGCAGCAGACCGUCACUGGAUCGCGGUCUUUGGCGAGCUCGGCAAGCUCGCCAUGUCGUCGGCGGCCGAGACGCGCAACUGCGCCGUCCGUACCCUUUUCAAGACGCUCACCACCCACGGGCUCUGCCUCUCGCUCGACGGCUGGGCCUCGCUCCUGCCCGACGUUGUCUUUGCCGUCCUCCGCCAUGCGCAAGCCGCGCUCGUCGCGCUCGACGCCGCCGAUGCCGCUCCGGACAGCGCCGAAGCCGCCGCAGGCGCAACGCCCUACCUCGAGGCCACGAGUUCCGGCGACAAGCCGUCGUUUGUGCGGGUCCACCACUCGCGUGACACACCGGCCAAGCUCUGGCGCGAGUCGCUCACGCUUAUUCUGGAGGGCCUAGUCUCGAUCUACCGCUCGCUGCUCGGCGCGCUGGCGCAAGUCGGCAGCGAGGCGGAGGUUGCUCUCUUUUGGAGCGAGGUUCUCGACGCACUGCAGAGCGCGGCGGCGGGCGCGGCAGCGAGCGGAGCAUCCAAGAACCUGUGCAUGGUUGGGGCACGCGGCUUGCUCUUUGUUGUUGCCUCGCUUGACAAAGUUGGGGCCGAGACGCCGCUUUGCGCCGCGCUCUACGCUGCGUGGUGGGAAGCGCUGCGGCGGGCGGCGGGCGCGCUCGUCAGCGACGACGAUGACGGCGGUGGGUCCGAAUCACUCCGAAAGGGCGUCAUGACUGCGCUGAUGGAGGCGCUGCGGGCAGGGACCGAGCGAUCUGAGCUCGGCUCGCCGCGGCAGGCAGUACCGGUUCUUGCCACCCUCCUCCGCGGCAACCUCGGGUGCGAUACUUAUCUGGAGGCGCAGGGCAAGGUCUCGGACGUUGAGCGUGAAGUUCUUGCACUCGCGUCGGAGCUGGCCGAACUCGUCGGCACUGGCGAGUACGUCGGCCUCCUUCUCGGCGCGCUCGAGGCGCGCAAGCUGACGCAACCGGGCCUUUGCGCGGCGCUCGGCCAGGUCGAUGCUGUGGUGGCCGGCGCGCCCAAGUCUGUCCGGGCGCGGGCGUGUGAUGUGCUUGUGGCGCUCGCGCGCGACGGCAUUGAGGACGCCGCCGGCCUCUGGGUCGGCAUCGUAGCCGGCGAGGACGACGGCGACGUGGUGUGUGCGCGGGUCGAGCGGGCCCUCUCGGGCGUUGCCGGUGGGAGCGGCGUCGGCGUGGCCCGAGUCCAGGAAGACGGCGUCCGCCUGCUUGGUAGCGUGCUCGAGCGCGUUGUCGCCGGAUCGCCGCUCUGGGAAGCGCUGUGCCAGUGCGUGGCAACUAGCGAAAGCGAGGGCGUUCGAUCGGUCGUCGCAGGCUUUCUCCGCGAGUGGGGUGCGUUGCAAAAGGGUGGAGCAAGGUAGUGUAAACGCGCCAAGGUGCGCCGA